AUGGCCCAGAAAUUACCCCUCGAGGGACUGCCGGCCGUGAAGCACUUAUCCAAUGUCCCGUCUCUAGAAGUUUUGAAGAGUGGACUGCUUGGAAGUCUGGAAGGUAGUCUGGACGGUUGCCAAUGGGACAAGGGGGACAUUUUGGCAUCGAUUCCGGAUACUGUUGAGCAAGCUGAGCGUUCUUUGCACCUCUUGCACGCUCUACUAACACAGGUGCCUGGUCCAUGGCCCACGAUACCACUUAUACGAUGUUAUGCAAGACUCUCGAAGCUCCUACCUAAACAACUCAAGUCAAAUCCUGUAAGAGAGGUUGCGAAGCUUAGGCAAACGAUAUCGGCGAUGAUUAAAGACUCAUACGGGUCAUUAUUGGAUUUUAUUUGUCACGAUUCACGUCCAGCGCUGCGAGCAACGAAUUCAGACCAAUUUAUUACACAUAAAGGGUUGCAUGACUUUAUCGCAACUUUCCCCCUGGCUGUCGGCCCUGCGGAACGGAAACCGGUUGUUGCUAUUGCCCUUCCCAAUGGACCGCUUCUGGCGGCAACAUGCAUCGCCGUCACUACCUAUCACACUGCUGCCCCGAUCAACCCAAUGGCUGGGAUAGAGCAAUUUCGAGCCGACGUGCUACAGUCAGGUGCAAAGGUCAUCUUGACCAGCUCACAGGACUACGAGAAGUUGCAGCUAGGAGAUGAAUGGGCCAGUGACGAAAAUAUAGAAAUUUUCGUCGUUGACUGGAAUAAUCGUGAUGACAUUCGUAUACUCAAUACUGCCGGACAUGUUUUGAAGCCCCGCGACACACGCCCACGGCCAAAUGCACCUGACGAUAUUGCCUUGAUCCUUUUUACUAGCGGUACGUCCGGAACGAAGAAGGUCGUUCCAAUGAAACUGCAUUCGAUAGUUACUGGAGUGGUAUUUGUCAUGGAUUCCUGGGCUCUGAGCCCAGUAGACACAUGCCUGAAUAUGAUGCCCCUGUAUCAUGUCGGCGGAUUAGUCAGAAAUAUACUUGCGCCUAUAUUUUCUGGAGGAUCUACAGUCUGCUGCACUGCAUUCGAUCCGAAUUUAUUUUGGGAUGUCGUGGAAUCCCUGGAGCCAACAUGGUACUAUGCGUCUCCUUCUAUACACUCCGUCAUUCUCGCUCAGGCACUUGAACGACCAGGCUCGCUGAAAAGGAGCAAAAUUAGACUCAUAUGUAACGCUGCAGGAGGACUUUUGCCGUCGUUGGCCACUCAACUUUGCGAUACCUUUAACUGCCUUGUUUUACCAAGCUAUGGGAUGACGGAAUGUAUGCCAAUAUCAACACCACCGCUUCAGCUUGAGUCUGGUCGAGAAGGAACUUCCGGCAUCAGCACCGGCCCGGAGCUUACUAUACUGGACUCGUCAGAACGCAAGGUCGGCCCUGGGGUGGUUGGCAGGAUUUGCGUCCGAGGUGACCCUGUUUUCCCUGGCUAUUUGCUGCCCGACGGCUCGUUCGAUAAAUCUUCGUUUAACACUGAUGGGUGGUUUGAUACGGGUGAUUUGGGCUACAUGGACAGUGACGACUACCUUUACAUUACGGGAAGAAGCAAAGAAGUUAUUAACCGCGGGGGAGAAAUAAUUUCGCCCUUUGAGGUUGAAAAUGCAAUCAUGAACGCGUCACUAUCACCAACCUCCCCCAUCAAUGGCAAAGUCAGCCAAGUAAUGGCAUUCUCAGCAUCACAUGACGUUCUUCAGGAGGUUGCCGCUGUGGUGCUCGUAACACCGCCUGGUAAGCCCAGGGUUGACUUGAAAAGACUUCAGAACGCACUACGCUCCUCGUUGCAGCAAGUAAAGUGGCCGACACUAAUAGUAUACAUGGAUGACCUACCAAAGAAGAACAAUAAGGUGCUACGAAUCAAACUUGGGCAAAGGCUUGGUUUGCCGGUCCUUAGCGAAAACAUACCAUACCUGCGAAGACACUGGGAGGCAAUAUGCCCUGCUCCUGACACGGCGUUGUCUGUGUCGAUUGAAUGUGCUCCCUGUUGUAUUGACCCGGAGGCAAUACAACAAUCACUGGGUGCCGCAGCAUCGGCUGAUGUGAGAUGCCACGUGCGCCGGCGAAGUACAGAGGAUAUGCCGGAACUAUUCUGCGCUCCAGCGAAACGGAUUUACCCACCGCCUUCCACGGCGUUCGCGACAGACCUGAAAGAACAUCUCUGUGGCUCCCUUCAUAACUACAUGGUACCGGAAACAGUUCACUUACUAGAAGAGCCGCUUCCUGCCGAUGAUGGAGGACAAGUGGAUGAUGACAAACUCCAGGUUGUGGUGGAUAGAUUGCUUGAGGCGUCAAUGGACAAGCUGGCCGAUUCAACAGAGGGAAAGGUGGCCAAAGUGUUUGCGAAUAUGCUCUAUUGCCACCCUGCUCAGUUGCCCAGAGACAUCGAUUUUUUCAGUCUUGGUGGCGACUCUCUCCGUGCCGGCCGUCUUUCUUCAGCUGUGAGGAGUGAAUUCGGCAUUCAGAUUCCCAUCAACGUCAUCUUUAACUCUGGCUCUAUCCAAGCCAUUUCGGCCUACGUGGACAAGGUUGCGCCAACAAGCAUAGCUAGCGGGACUGAAGACGAAGUCGUUGGAUGUACAAAAACGAACAGCUCGACAAAUCCAUUCCUGAUGGCGAUUCAACUGAUCCCCCUCGUCGUCUUGUAUCCGCUACGCCGCGCUUUCCAAUGGACCAUAUUUAUCGUGGCGUUUAGCUGUACGCAGGGUUGGCCAACCAAUACAACUGCUCCCGGCCGGCUCCUCAAUCUCACACUGAGUAUUCUAUUUUCUAGAAUGGCCGUCAGGAUUGUCGCUCCCUUCGUAGGUAUCCUUGCCAAGUGGAUCAUCAUAGGCCGGUAUCGUGAAGGCCUCUACCCGAUGUGGGGGUCAUAUCAUACGAGAUGGUGGAUGGUCCAGAAGGUCGUCAGUGUCUCUGGCAAAGGGUGGUUCGGCUUGAAUGAUACGACCCAGACGUGGUACUGUAAACUCAUGGGUGCGAGAAUUGGAAAGAAUGUGAAGCUUGCCGGAGCAUCAUUGGGGGAAUGGGAUCUUCUAGAUAUCCGCGACAGCGCCGUCCUGAGUCGCUGCAUAUGCCGACCCUUUGCAGCCGAAGGAAACACAUCCAUGUAUCUAGGAAGAAUCACUAUCGGAGAGCGGUCUUCUGUUGGAACAUCAUCCAUCGUAGCGGCCGGCACGGAAGUCCCCCCAAACACAUGCAUUGGACCAAACUCUUCAAGUUGGGAGUUGCAGGAUGCGGACGAAGAAAACCGACACCUUUCACAGGGUACGGUACCACGACCUCACUGGCUGCUGACGAUUCUGCUUACUACACCCUUGCGGCUGAUAUCUUGGUUCUUGUCUCUCACGCCUUGGAUUGGAGGGUUGGUUGGCAUGGUUGUUCAGAAGCCUGCGGUUGCUGGUACGCCGAUUCGAAACAUGCUGGAUUGGUUUACGGAACCCAGACGUGUUGCAUUUCACUAUCUCGCUUUGAUUCUGAGGUCUUUUUUCAGCCCCUUUAUCGUAUUCGCGUUCUCGAUAUCCGUCAAACUUGUUCUGGAUGCGAUAUUUGGGAAGCCCAGUCUGCUCCACCAGACAGAACAUGACGGUACCAUUUCGACCUGGCGAGCAAAUCUGAUGAAGAGCCUUUUGCCCGCUUCUCGACUGCGUGAUAUGACGGCAAUGUUUGGUCAACACUACGAAGCCACGUCGAUUGCGCUGCGUAUGCUGGGGAGUAAGAUUGGUAAACGAGUUUACUGGCCGGGAACCGGACCUAGCAUCGGCGACUAUCACCUACUCGAUGUGGGCAAUGAUGUGGUAUUCGGCUCUCGAGCACAUCUCAUAACAUCUGAUGGCAUGGGGUCUGAGCCCAUUGUAAUUAGGGACGGCGCUAUGAUUGCAGAUAGAGUCUGUCUCCUUCCCGGAGUAGAUAUUGGCGAGCGAACCACGAUGGGAUCUGGUGCCUUGACAAGCAGAAACAAGAAAUAUAAGGCUGGUGCUACAUACGUAGGAUCGAAAGGACGCGAUGCCAUAUGCUUAUCAGCGGGAGACAGAGCGAAGCAAAACCUCCGACAAAGGAUCCGUCAUCUGGGCAGCGACGAUACUUUGGUCGGUGACCGAAGCAUUUCCAAGACACUGUCACCAGGAACGCGAAUCCAACGUAUAAGCAGUGACGACACUUUAACCGAGUCGCACACAUCGGAGAACAUAGAGUCUUUCCAGACUAGUGGUGGUGCCACUGGUGAUACGGACGACGAGUCGCGCGUCCCUGAAACAAUCUCGCCGUUUGGGAAGGCUUUCUAUCUAAAGCUGGCUCCAUAUCGUGUUCUUGGACCCUUCGCCAUCUUCUGCUAUUCUUCGUUUAUGACCGUAUUUACUGCUUUCUACUGGAACAUACCAAACAUCUCUUCGAUUCAGUUGGUAGACCAUCUUAUGAAUCGGUUCAUUGUUCGAAACAACAGCAUCCUUUACGAGACCGGGGUGCUGUUUAGCUUGUGUACACUUGUCUUUGCUAUACUGACAUCGCUUCAAGCUAUUUUGACACUUUGUAUUGUCAUAGCAUCCAAGUGGGUAUUGAUUGGUUGGCGACAGCCUGGCAAUUAUGACUGGGACAAGUCACCGUACUGCCAACGGUGGCAGCUCUUCCUAAGCAUUGAAAGGCUCCGCAAACACUGUUAUCGUGGCCAGGGCAUUCUUGGUCUCUUGACUGGCACAAAUUGGAUAGUCCUGUACUUUCGAGCCCUGGGUGCUAAAAUCGGGAACGACUGCGCGUUGUUUGCAAAUGGCCGUCCGAACUUAAUGUUUACUGAGCCAGAUCUAAUCACUCUUGGCGACAGGGUGACCGUAGAUGACGCCAGUGUCGUUGCUCAUAUUAACACACGUGGUAAAUUCGAUCUCAAUCGCUUAGAAAUUGGAAACCGUUGCGUUUUACGAACUGGCAGCCGGCUGCUUAGCGGGGCAAAGAUGAAAGACGAUAGCUGCCUGCUCGAGCACACACUAAUUAUGGGUGGUGAUACGGUAGAAAACAAUUGGACAAUGCAGGGCUGGCCAGCGACUAGAUACAGUGGACGCAGAACAAAAUAA